ACUCCCCUCUGAAACAAUAAUCUCCUCCCACAACUUGCUCACAUGGCUGUGACUUCACUACAUUUAAAGCUACAGAACUGCUGCUGCCGAUACAGAGAGGAGCCCGAGAUCUCUAUAUAGAACAGCAGUGAAAGAGGUGACUGUGGGACCCAGUGUAGGGAAACUCUACUAUGGAGUAAGUUUUAGCUGUUGUGAAACUACAACUUCCAGAACUCUUCGACAGCUGAAGGUCAGAAGUUACAACAGCCCCAUCAGUGACUGAGACAAGGGAAGCGGUGUGACUCAGGCAAGUCCAGCCCAGAAUUCGUGUGUACAAAAAGCAGAAGGAGGAGACCGCAGAGCAGCACAGAAGUGCAGAGGGCACAGACAUGUGGCUGUACGUGGUUGCAGCUCUCCUGCUGAUCUUUAUCCUUUUCAAGUCAUGGACAGCGAACCGGGGUCCCAACCCCUUUGCUGCGGAUACCAGGAGACCCCCGAAACCCUUCGUUAACGACAAGGCUGAGCGGAGAAAGGUGAUUAAGAAUGCUUUCUCGCCAGAUAAAGUGCCUCAAAACCUGGACGCCAUCAUCAUCGGCAGUGGCAUUGGGGGCCAGUCAACAGCUGCUAUCCUUGCCAAGGCUGGUAAACGGGUGCUGGUCCUGGAGCAACUGGGCAAACUGGGAGGCUGUUGUCAUACAUUCAACGAGAAAGGCUAUGAGUUUGAUGUGGGGAUUCAUUACAUUGGCCAGAUGAACGAGCUCUCCCCUACGCGAAUCUUGAUAGAUCAGCUGACAGAGGGGCAACUUCAAUGGGCACCCACGGGCGAUCCUUUUGAUGUGGUGCUGCUGGGGGACACGUCAAACGGACGUCGAUACAACAUGCGUGCUGGCACUCAGCAAUACACAGAUGAGCUUAAAAAGGCUUUUCCGGGGGAGGAGAAAGCCAUUGACACUUUUAUUCAGCUGGUGAAGAAAGUCUCUGGUCGGAUACAAGACAUGGUUAUCCUGAAGAUGCUGCCGUUGCCCAUUGCCCGCUUCCUGUGCCGCACUGGACUGGUCAAACGCUUCUCCCCAUUCUUCAACUACGCCGGGCGGAGCGUGUCAGAGGUUGUGAAUGGAUUGACUGAAAACAAGGAGCUGCGGACUGUGCUGUGUUACAUUUUUGGCACAUACGGUGUGUUUCCAGACAAAGCCAGCUUUGCUCUACAUGCCAUUCUGAUUGAUCAUUACCUGCGGGGGGCUUGGUACCCUAGUGGGGGCGCCAGUGAGAUCACCUUCCAUCUGGUACCUGUGAUUGAGAAGAGUGGAGGAGCAGUGCUAGCAAAAGCAACUGUGGAGAAAAUCCUGGUGAACAGUGACAAGCAAGCUUGCGGAGUUGUUGUAAGAGGCAAGGGGCAGGAUCCUGUCAAUAUUUUCGCUCCUGUUGUGAUUUCUGGUGCUGGAAUCUUCAAUACAUAUGAGAAGCUUCUCCCUCCUGAAAUAAGAGCCAUGCCUGAGAUCCAGUCCCAGCUGGGCAUGAUGCGGCAUGGUGAUGGUGGAUUUAGCCUCUUUAUUGGAUUAAAAGGCACAAAGGAAGAGCUCAAUCUCGUAGGUGCCAAUUACAUCUACUUCCCAGACACCAACCUGGAAAUGCUAGAGAAACGUUUUGUCAGUGCUUCACCAGAGGACGCUCCAGCUUACAUUCCAAUGUUGUAUAUAGCUUCCGCUUCUGCUAAAGAUCCCACCCAUGAGGAUCGAUGUCCAGGCAAGUCAACCCUGACUGUCCUUUCCUUCACCCCAUACGAGUGGUUUGAGGAGUGGAAGGAUAAGAAGGUGCAGAAACGAGGCUCAGAUUAUGAGAGUCUGAAGAGCGGCUUUGCUGACGCCAUGCUGGAGACCACCAUUCAGAUCUUCCCUCAGAUCAAGGACAAGAUUGAUUGCUACACCAGCGGCUCGCCUGUCACCAACCAGCACUACCUAGGUGCCCCACGGGGUGAGUUUUAUGGAGCACAACACGAUAUUGCCAGGAUGCAGCCCGAUACCGUGACAGCAAUGAGAGCUAAAACACCAAUAAAAGGACUUUAUCUUACAGGCCAGGAUAUCCUCCUGUGUGGGUUUGCAGGUGCUUUGACCGGAGGGAUGAUCUGCGCAUCUGAAAUUUUGGGGAGAAAUCUUUAUCUUGAUCUGCAGAAACUCCGUCGGCAGAUAAUACAAGAGAAGGCCAAAAAGUUGGAGUAGUCUCCAUCCAUAGGGACGUGUCUGAAGGGAAAAGAAUAAAUGCACUGAAGAAGAGAAGGAUGGAAAUGAAGGUCCAAAUCCAAUCACUGUAUAUUUUAAGGGAUGAUGGCAGCUGGAGUCCACGGAUCAGUCACAGAAUGGCACACUGGACAGACUAGUUUAAAUGAAUAACAAUUAUGAAAUGGAUUUUAUCCCCAAUGUAGAUUCAAGGGCAUCGUUAAUAAAAUCAAUUUUGGUGGCUUUCAACCACUAGACUUUUCUUUUCCA